UUCGCAUUCGGUAAUUUUUUGAGCUCCUGUUUUGGAUUUCCAGAUGGAACGCCUGAAGUCUGAAGCGUACAUUGUUGAUCAGCUGUCCAUCGCUGAAAGAUAGGAAUUUGAUCCACUUGAGUUGCUACAGUUCGCGGUUGUCGGGAUCUUCCUGGCCUAUCGGUUCCUCGGGAAAAAGCGGAGAUUGUUCACGAGGACGGUAUGAUGACGUUGUUGCAUUCACGAGAACAUUGCUCUGAUGCCAUCUAUGAUUUCAUCAUAUCUUCGCUUUUCUAGCUGGUAGAAGCAUUUUUUUUCAUCCAGGAAGGCCAAAGCAGUAUUUUCUUCAUGUGAUUGGUUUAAACGCCGAAGACAACGUUUGGUAUGGUGUAUCAAAAGGCCACUCUAUCUUAUACUUUUUCUAACAGCAUUUGCCGAUUCCAGUAAGCGAUGAUGAAUACGGAGUCCUUGUUAUAGCUGAGAAGGGUCUGUUCAACUUUGGGAAGUUAUGAGUUCCAACCAGCAGGAAAGAAGAGUUGAUGGCUUCACUGAGAAGGUUAUUGUUGCGGUCAAGGCUUCAAGAGAAAUCUCAAAGAGUGCCCUUGUUUGGGCUUUGACGCAUGUUGUUCAGCCUGGUGAUUGCAUAAUCCUUCUAGUUGUUGUUCCACCUUACAGUUCUGGCAGAAGACUAUGGGUUUUUCCAAGAUUUGCUACUGAUUGUGCUAGUAGAAGCUCCCAGUUUGGUACUAUUUUGGAACAGAAGUCUGACAUUACUGAUUCUUGUUCCAAAAUGCUACUUCAACUUAAAGAUGUUUAUGAUCCAAAUAAGACAAGUAUCAAGAUAAAGGUCCUUUCCGGCUCUCCUUAUGGUGCAGUAGCAGUGGAAUCCAUGAGAGUCCAGUCGAAUUGGGUUGUACUGGACAAACAUCUGAAGCACGAGGAGAAGCAUUGCAUUUGUAAACUCCAAUGUAACAUUGCGGUCAUGAAGCGGUCUCACCCUAAAGUUCUUAGAUUGAAUCUACUAGAAUCUCACAAGACAAAUCCCCAAACGCUUUGUGGCUCUGAUAAAAGCACUAUUGGCAAUAAUUCUCCAAAGUCUAUUAAAGGACCGUCUGUAACGCCGACUACUGCUAGUAGUCCUGAUGUCGAUGCAUCAUUCACUGCUACUGAAGCUUGGACCCCCUCAGCCUCAAGCUCAGAUCCUGGAACAUCUCCAUUUGUCGUCACUGAAAGAAUUGUGUCUGUAGAAACAAAAGAUCAAGCAAGUGCUGAAGGAAUAAGGAAUGCACACAUGACUGCCUUUAAAGGGAAUUUAACUCCAGCAAGAUCACAAUUUCAGCCAUGGACAGCUGAGGUUUUAGCCAUUGGCUGCCCAUCUCCAAAAGUCACUCAUCAUAAGUCUCCAGAAAGCCACGUAACUACAGCAAAAGCUUUGAGUGAUAAAUUUUCUAAACUCGAUAGGGAGGCUGGAAUUAAUUCUCUCAGAUACAUGUCAGAUUUAGAUUUUAGCGUCAGAGAAGCAAUUUCUGUGUCUAGAAAUACACCAGGGCCACCUCCACUAUGUUCACUAUGUCAGCACAAGACACCAGUGUUUGGAAAACCUCCCAAGUGGUUCAGCUAUUCUGAGCUAGAACUUGCCACAGGUGGAUUUUCCCAAGAAAACUUCUUAGCAGAGGGUGGAUUUGGCUCUGUGCAUCGGGGCAUCCUGUCAGAUGGUCGAGCAAUUGCAGUCAAGCAACAUAAACUAGCUAGUUCACAGGGGGACCAUGAAUUCUGUUCGGAGGUGGAAGUUCUAAGCUGUGCACAACAUCGCAACGUCGUGAUGUUGAUUGGAUUCUGUGUCGAAGACAAGAGAAGGUUAUUGGUCUAUGAAUAUGUGUGCAAUGGCUCAUUGGAUACUCAUCUUUAUGGUCAAGAACGAGAUCCACUUGAAUGGGCUGCCAGGCAAAAAAUAGCAGUAGGAGCUGCUCGGGGUUUGCGAUACCUUCACGAGGAGUGCAGAGUUGGUUGCAUAGUCCACAGGGACAUGAGGCCAAAUAACAUUCUUCUAACCCAUGAUUUUGAACCUAUGGUUGGGGAUUUUGGCUUAGCAAGAUGGCAACCUCAUGGUGAUCUCGGUGUCGAGACACGAGUUAUAGGCACUAUUGGAUAUCUGGCUCCAGAAUAUGCCCAAAGUGGGCAAAUUACAGAGAAGGCCGAUGUCUUCUCCUUCGGAGUGGUACUACUGGAGCUGAUCACCGGACGUAAAGCAGUUGAUAUAAACCAACCAAAGGGCAAUCAGUGUCUCACUGAAUGGGCUCGCCCUUUGCUUGAUGAAUCUGCAAUCGAAGAGCUUGUCGAUCGGCGUCUAGGGAGCCUCUACUCUGAGCAUGAGCUGAAGUGCAUGCUGCACGCAGCUUCUCUGUGCAUCAAUCGCGAACCCGACUUCAGACCUCGAAUGUCUCAGGUUCUUCGGAUUCUUGAAGGUGACAUGGUCAUGGAUUCGAGCUGUGGUUCGACGCCUAUGUGUGCCAAUGGAAGCAUGAGCAGAAGGAUGUGGCUAGAACAGCAACAACAACCACAGCCGGAUGAACAGCAACAACAACCACAGCAGGAUGAACAGCAACCACAACAACCACAGCAGGAUGAGCAACAACAACCACCACAGCAGGAUGAACAGCAACAACCACCCCAGGAGGAUGAACAACAACCACCACAGCAGGAUGAACAGCAACCACAACCAGCACAGCAGGAUGAGCAGCAACAAGAACUACAGCAGAAUCCUUAGAUUUGUAUUCUCUUGGAUUUUUUUUUGUUCUUCAAUUCUUUUCACUUUUUUCGUUUGUUGGGUUUGAUCUUUAGAUUUGAUUUGCUAAUGUGUUUAUAUAUAAGUAUAUUUGUGAUGAUGUGUCACUUUUAGUGUUGAAUAUAAUUCUGCCUGCUUAUUGA